UUUACCGCGCGCGUGCUGCCAGAGGACCACAUCUGCUCGGGAUCCCUCAGCACUGGAGUGCAGUUUGUUCUGUCACAGGAGAGGAAACAGCUGUAAAGCGCAAGGUGGUAAAAACUUACAAGGUAAGAAGGAAGCGAAAAGGAGUAGUCGGAUAGAAAGAAGAGAAAGUGGUUGACGGUGCUGAGUGCUCGCUUGGGGAAGUUAGUUUGUGAUGUCGGGAUCGCUGUGUCGGAGUUUGUACGCGUUCAGCGGCGAGCAGCACGAGCGCGGUUUGCGCUUCCAGCCCGGGGAGCUGAUCCGCAUCACGCGCGCGCUGCCCGGAGGCUGGUGGGAAGGAGAGAAGGAUGGAAUCACGGGAUGGUUCCCUUCCAGUUACGUCCAAGUCGUGGAGAAAUCUGCCUCCUUGAGCGUGUUGCCUGGUGAGGAGCCUUGCCAAAGCCCAUUGCCCAAAGACUGGAAGUGUUACAUGUCACCACAGGGAAGGAAGUACUACGUCAACACUGUAAGCAAUGAGACUACAUGGGAAAGGCCUUCCAGUGUUCCUGGGACACCCAGAACAUUAUCGCGACAUAAGAACUCCUUACCAACGGUGAAUGGAUUUCAUGGCAACAGUGGCCCAUUGCAUCAGACAGAGCAGUCACAUGUACCAACACAGAAGGCCAACACAGAUCAACAGAGCCCUGUGUCCACAUCUCCAAGGAGGACGGAGCACAAGACCUCAGUCACGCAAAUCAACGGUGUGACGUUCCCCCUCCCGUUACACUCCUCCGAACAGCAACUGCUCAAACCAGGCGAGUGGAGCUACUGCGAUUAUUUUUGGUCAGACAGAAAGGACCCACAGGGGAAUGCCAGCAUCACAGGCUUUGAGGUCUUACUGCAGAAGCAGUUGAAGGGGAAACAGAUGCAGAAGGAGAUGGCUGACUUUAUGAGAGAGAGGAUCAGGAUUGAAGAAGAGUACGCCAAGAAUCUCUUGAAACUCUCUCAGAUCCCUCUAGCAGCUCAGGAGGAAGGCACACUGGGAGAGGCCUGGGCCCAGCUGAAGAAAAGCCUGGCAGAUGAAGCCGAAGUGCAUCUCAAGUUCUCCUCUAAGCUACAGAGUGAGGUAGAAAAGCCCCUCCUUACAUAUCGGGACAACUUUAAAAAGGACAUGAAGAAGUUUGACCACCAAAUUACUGAUCUCAGGAAGCAGCUGGCCGGUCGAUAUGCUGCUGUUGAAAAGGCACGUAAAGCGCUUGCAGAGAGGCAGAAGGAUCUGGAGGUAAAGACUCAACAGCUGGAGAUCAAACUGAGCACAAAGAUUGAGGAGGACAUCAAAAAGGCCCGCAGGAAAUCAACACAGGCAGGUGAUGAUCUGAUGCGAUGUGUUGACCUGUACAACCAGUCUCAGUCUAAAUGGUUUGAGGAGAUGGUCACUACAAGUCUGGAGCUGGAGAGACUUGAAGUGGAGCGAAUAGAAGUAAUUAGAAAACACCUCGGCCAAUACACAACGCUGCGGCAUGAGACGGACAUGUUCAACCAAAGCACGAUAGAACCAGUGGACAAACUACUCCAGAUUGUAGAUCCAGGCAAAGACAGAGAAAUGUGGGUAAAGGAGCACAAGACGGGUGAGGUGAGACCAGUGGACAUGGAGCUCUAACCCAGAGAGGAUGAGUUGGUGAUAAAAGAGAUGGAUUCGCCAUUCUUCCCUGCAAGAGCGUGGGGAGAAGCAUCAUACUGGAGUAGAAACGGAAUCAAAGGAACAAGAGCUUGUGAAUGAAAAUGCUGUCUGAGGAGCUGGAGUUCUACUGCCCAAAGCAGUGUGUUAUACUGUACAGAGACAGAAGCCAGACGUCCCGCUAUACUUCGACCCAAUGAUGGACACCGAUCCAGUGCAAACAUAAAUAUUUCUCUCUCCCUCUCUCUCUCUCUCUCUCUCUCUCUCACACCCACUUUAUGAAAGAAACAUAGCUGCACAAAUGUCUGUAAAAGUCUUCAAUUAUCCAGAGUAACAGGAAAUCAAGGUUUUAUUUCAAACCUCAGUAGUAGAAGAAUUUUUGACUGUAGAACUGAUGACGUCCCUCAGAGUUUUAAAAAUUAUACCAUAAUCCAGUCACCUUCCAAUCACACAAUAUCUGUGUAAUUCUCACUCAAAAGAAAAGACUGAGAGAUAUAGUGAAGCAACAGUUCUUGGCUGAACUGGAUUAAUUAAAACGUUAAGCCUGUGAAGAGAAAAUUUACACAACUUAAUCUGCUGUAGUUUAAAAUGUUCAAUUUGGGGGAAACUGUGUCCAGCAUUCAUCUGAUCUUCUGGAGUUUGUGAGUUCAAAUCCCAGUGAUGCUAGAGUCAUCUGUGGCUAGAAGUGCGAGAGAGAAUAAUUGGACCUCAUUCUCUAUCAGUGUGACACUUGUAGACAGAUUAGCUCAAUUAAGAUGUUUUUAGCUAUAUUUUAAGAUUAUUACAUCGUACAAGGUGAGCCCAGUAAAAUUUUGGCUGAAUUCUUGAACAGUCUGUGCGAUAAAGUGUUCUUCAUGUCAGAUUAUAUGAUGAAAAUCCUCUAAGAAUAGACCUGCGAUUAAAGAAAUUUACCAUGUUCUGCUUGCUUCGUCAAUCAGUGCAAUCUGGGCUUGAGCAGAAAACAGGGUUUCCUAAACACAAACAUUCUUCAAAUUGAGCUUGAAGUAAUAAGGAUAUAUUAGCAUGUUCCAUUUACAUUGCAUGAUUGUCGCUACUGUUUUUGUUUUACUGUUUCGUGAGUUUUGUGUCAUCCUAUCCCAUCCUCCUUUUCAUAGAUUGUCAUAGAUUAUCGUAGCAGCAUGUCAGACUCCAAUAAAAAAAAUCUGACACAGCCAGACUGCAGUCAGGUGUUUUUGUUCGUAAUGGCACUAAAUCAGCCACCAGUGAGCAUGUCACAUUAUGCGUUCUAAGAGUGCUGAUCUCAACUCAUGACCACAGAAUUAAUUUUUUUGUCUGCAACAGAAAAAUUGGGCUAAAAAACAUAUAGUGCAAUGUUGGCUUUAGUGUUCUCCUCCACGUGUGUUGAGCUGCCCAAUCAAAUGAUGAUGUUACAGAUUUUACUAAUACAGUCGAGUGCAAAAGUUUGCAAACCCUUAAGACAAAAUAGAGAAGACAAAAUGUAUUAUAGCAAAAAAAAACAUUUAUUGUUAUUGUGAUUGUAUUAUUGUUAUUAUUUCACCAAUGUUUCUUUAUUAUCACAAGCAACAAAAAUGACCAGUGAUAUUAAUACGAGGGAAAACUUCCAAAAUGAUAUUCAUGCACAGGUUUGUAUCUGCCAUCAUGAAUGUGAUGUAAAUAUACUGUAAUAACGAUUGUAUUCCCACUAUUUGGCAUCAUAGCAGCCUUCAGUCUGUUUCAUAACCUCUUUCAUAUCCUCUUUCAUAUCCUCAGAACAGCUCUUGGAUCCUCUCAAUUGUAAUAUACUUUGAUUCAAUCUAUUUGUCUGUUGAUCUUUUUGUCUGUUUUCUGUAUGAUUGUUGUCUUGUUGCUGGACAUCAUUUUUUCACCCAGAAACCAUGCAGCAUGUACAGUUUUGCACUGUAAUUGCAUAUCUCAAACUAUACACAGUAUAAUACUACAAAAUGGCUUGUAAAUCUUUAUAAUACAUCCCAUGUAUUGACUUGGCACAUCAAAUAGUGACUUUGAAAAGCGAAACCAUGGCUCUCUUGCAGUACAGGGAUUUGACCUCAUUAACCUCUUAGCUACCACUGCCACCAUAUUCUUGUCCUUAAUGAAUAAUAAGGAACAAAACAGCUUGCUUCUGACCUUUCGAGAAAAUGCUUUUUUUUUUUUUUUUGUAACUUCCAGUAUUGAGGACAGGUUCCAAACAUCCAGACAUGUAAGAAAUAUGUAGAAAUAAGAGGUACAGAUAAUAUAUUGAAAUUAUUUUGCACUAUGCUAGUUUUUAUACCAAAUGUUAUAUUGAAAGUAAUAACACAGUUUUCAUGUUUAUUGUCUGAAAGAGAUCUCGAUUCUUUUUGUUUCUCAAUUUCUAGAAGCUUGAGGAUGGUUUCUGUGAUUGCUGAUGCACAUUUCUGUUUAGGUGUUUACUAUAAAAUGUGUGUAAGAGAUUGUAAAUGA